CCGAAUGGAUACCACAAACCCCUCGACCAGGACGAUCCCUUUGACGACGAUGGCGACUCGGAGGAGGAUCUCGUGCUUCAUGGGCUAGAUCCGCAGACCACGACAACUGCGCCAGCGAGAACAACACCAUCCACGCAGCCGGGUUCUGCUCGCAUCAGUUAUGACUUUGGCGCCCGCAUACCACUGCGUAACUUGCGCUUUGGUGGGAGACGGCGGCCAGUGAAUAGCGAUCAGUAUGAGUUGCACGAAGAAUCUGGUCAGCGCAUCAGUGCAGCCAGCUCGGGCCAAAGUCAGAAUGAUGAUGCGCCUUUACUGCAGGAGACACACGAAGGAAGUCUAAGGAGCACCUCACAGCAGGCUUCGUAUGGCUUUGGAGAGCAUUCGCGGUCGAAAAAGGGCUUGCUGUCCUUCUUGCCAUUGGUGAAUCGAUCCACUUCUAUACACCUCCCAUCUUCAGCAGACGCCGACGAGCCGGAGGACGAGCAUGACCCAGCGGCGACCAGAUCGAUAGCAGUCGGGCAAAAGCAGGCCUCGCGAUUCCCUUUCAAUGCUAUAUCGAAUGCGAAAUACACACCAUGGAGCUUUCUACCGAGAACCCUCUUCAACGAGUUCAAAUUCUUCUUCAAUAUGUACUUCUUGCUGGUGGCAUUGUCGCAGAUCAUACCCGCACUGCGCAUAGGAUAUCUGAGCACAUAUGUUGCACCAUUGGCAUUUGUGUUGAGCAUUACUCUCGGCAAGGAAGCUUACGACGAUAUCAACAGAAGAAAGAGGGAUAACGAAGCCAACAGCGAAGCAUAUAAAGUAUUACGAUUUGAUGACUUUGGGGCGGACGAGCUGAAUGGAAGCACCGCAAGCAAAAAAAGAAAGAUUAAGAGCAUAGCGGAAAAGAAAAAAGGGAAGCGCAGGCGUGUCCCAAUGGACGACGAUGCAAGAUUGCAGCAGACCGAGGAUGAGGAAUAUAGAACUGAAGGGCUUGGGAGGCCUUCGACUAGCGUUACAGAGAUGAUGAAGCCGUCAAGAGACCUCAAAGUUGGAGAUGUGCUGGUCCUUGGAAAAGACCAGAGAGUGCCAGCCGACGUGGUGAUCUUGAAGAGCUUCAGCACUGAAGUCGUUGCCCAAGAAGCAAUGACCGAGCAAAGGAGAUCUGAUCCGACGCUACUAGAUCUUGGGAAAGGAGCAGCUUCCUCUGACGCUCAAGAAAGGGCCCGGGCAUCAUCAGGCCAAGGUCUUGAAAACGAGACCACAACUUCAGACCCUAGUGGUGGGGGCGAAGCGUUUAUUCGCACCGAUCAGCUUGACGGAGAAACCGAUUGGAAGUUGCGCCUUGCGACGCCAGUUGCCCAAAACCUCAGUCCCAGCGAAUAUGUGCGACUAUGCGUGACAGCUGGAAAGCCUGACAAGAGAGUCAAUGACUUCGUCGGAACGAUCGAGCUGGAAGCCAAAGAGCGACGAGAGCGAGAUCCUCUCAUCACCAAUGGGCGAGCUACAGGAGAAGAAAAUUUAGGCCGACAAUCAAGCCCACUUACGAUUGAUAACACCGCAUGGGCAAACACAGUCAUCGCCUCGUCGACCACGGUGCACGCUCUAGUGGUCUAUACAGGCUCACAGACCCGAGCAGCCCUGUCCACAUCUGCGUCGAGGUCGAAAACGGGACUGCUCGAGCUAGAGAUCAACAGCCUGGUGAAGAUUCUGUGUCUACUUACAGCGGCACUGAGCAUAAUCCUCGUGGCCCUCGAAGGCUUCAAGAACGAGUGGUAUAUUGCUGCCAUGCGAUUCUUGAUCCUUUUCAGUACCAUUGUCCCAAUCUCACUCCGUGUCAACCUGGACUUGGGCAAAAGUGUCUACGCCUAUUUCAUUCACCGUGAUACUGGAAUACCAGGCACAAUAGUUCGAACGAGCACGAUACCCGAAGAUCUGGGCCGCAUUGAGUACCUGCUCAGCGACAAAACCGGUACAUUGACCAGGAAUGAGAUGGAACUUCGCAAAGUCCAUGUCGGGACUGUGAGUUAUGGUGGCGAAGCAAUGGAAGAAGUCAGUGGCUAUGUCAAGCAAGCUUUUGAGGUCGCAGAUGAUGCCGAAAGAGAAGCCUUGUUUACGCCGUCUGCAGGCAUUGGCUCCUUGAGUGGCGCCACACGGACAAGACGCGAAAUUGGUCUGCGUGUACGAGACCUCGUACUCGCUCUGGCUUUAUGUCACAACGUAACGCCAACGACUGAAGAGGACGAAAAUGGCACACCCAAGAUAUCCUACCAGGCAUCAUCUCCGGAUGAGAUUGCUAUCGUGCAGUGGACUGAACAAGUCGGGCUUCGGCUCUCGCACCGCGAUCGAAAAAGCAUAUCCCUACAGUACACUGGCAGCGAUCGAGUGGUGGUAAAAGUGGAGAUCUUGAACGUAUUUCCAUUCACGAGCGACAGCAAACGAAUGGGCAUCAUCUGUCGCUUUCUCCGCAGCGGUGCUCAGAAUGGGAAUGAAGCAGGAGAAAUUGUGUUCUUGCAGAAGGGUGCCGAUACUGUCAUGACAUCCAUCGUCGCCUCCAACGACUGGCUAGAUGAAGAGACUGGUAACAUGGCACGUGAGGGCUUGAGAACGCUCGUUGUAGGGCGCAAAUCGAUGUCAGCUCGGCAAUAUGCGGCAUUCAAUGCUGCCUAUUCUGCUGCCUCUUUGUCGCUUGUCGGUCGUGAUGCUGCCAUGGCAGAGGUCGUGAAGCAGCACCUGGAGAACAAUCUGGAUCUUCUUGGUGUGACAGGCGUAGAAGACAAGCUUCAGCCGAAAGUAAAGCCAAGUCUCGAGCUUUUGCGCAAUGCGGGAAUCAAGAUAUGGAUGCUUACUGGCGAUAAAGUGGAAACAGCGCGGUGUGUCGCGGUCUCUUCUCGGCUCGUGUCUCGGCAGCAGACCAUACACACCAUUGCAGGAUUAAAGAACCGCAACCUUGCUCUCGAUGCUUUGAGCCCUCUGCGAAGCCAGGCCAAUGCAGCUCUGCUGAUCGAUGGACAGUCUCUUGCAUUGCUCUUGCAAUACCAUCGAGACGCUUUCAUCACUACAGCUGUCAAGCUCCCUGCCGUCAUUGCCUGUCGCUGCUCUCCGACCCAGAAAGCAGACGUUGCACACCUCAUCCGCGCGUACACGAAGAAGCGUAUAGCCUGCAUCGGCGAUGGAGGUAACGACGUCUCCAUGAUUCAAGCGGCGGACGUUGGCGUCGGUAUCGUAGGCAAGGAAGGGAAGCAGGCCUCCUUGGCUGCCGACUUCAGCAUCACGCAAUUUGCGCAUCUCACGAAACUGCUUGUCUGGCAUGGGCGCAACAGCUAUAGGCGAAGUGCUAAACUGGCGCAGUUCGUCAUGCAUCGUGGGCUCAUCAUCUCCAUCUGCCAGACUGUCUUCAGCAUAGCUUCCAAAUUUGAGCCAAUCGCUCUCUACCGAGACUGGCUGCUUGUUGGCUAUGCGACCGUAUACACCAUGGCGCCAGUCUUCAGUCUGGUUCUUGACAAAGAUGUUGACGAGGGGCUUGCGAAUCUGUACCCAGAGCUCUACAAGGAGCUCACUUUGGGCAAAAGUCUAUCGUAUCGAUCAUUCUUCAUCUGGGUGGCGAUCUCGAUCUACCAAGGCCUCAUAAUCCAGGGCGGCUCAGAACUUCUCAUGCCCGGCUUCAACAAGAACGCACCUUUGGACGACCCUACCUAUCAACCUUUAUCUACUCCUGGUUUCAAGAAGAUGGUGAGCGUCAGCUAUACUGUACUCAUUGUAAACGAGCUUGUCAUGGUCGCCGCCGAAAUCACGACUUGGCACCCGAUUAUGAUCUUCAGCAUAUUGGGCACAGCGGCGGCGUACUUUGGAUCCAUUCCUGCACUGAAGGGAUACUUUGAGCUGCAUUUCAUUGCGAGUCCUGGGUUUUGGUGGAGGUUUGCUGUCAUUGCUGCAGCAAGCCUGGGUCCAGUGUAUGGGGGUAAACUCAUUAGAAGAACUGUCAAGCCGCCCUCUUACAGAAAGGUGAGAGGAUAAUCACAACGAUGUAUGCAGUGUUUUUGAAUAGCAUAGCGAAGCAUAUUGAAC